UUUGAAUAAGCAAUCCCCAAUUAUCCGUGGCUCUCCUCAAUUAGGGCUUUUGCGGAUAGUAGAGUGAAAUGAAGGGUUAGGGCUUUUGCCGUGACAAGCUUCAGAGGGCUUAGCUUGCGAUCGCCGUCGACGGCAAAGGAGGACUCUCAGGCAGGGUUGUUUCAAUGGAGGAUGCACAAGAAGUAUCUGAUACAAUGUCAGACAAAGCUUCUGAGAAUACACAGGAAACUCGUGACGAAAUGCUUUCUAGGCACAGGAAAGAGAUAUCAAAACUUCAGGACAAGGAAACUGAAAUGAAAAAGGCAGCUGCCAAAGGGAGCAAGGCUGAACAAAAAGCUAAGAAAAAGCAGGUGGAGGAAGAGAUUACUCGGCUUUCUGCUAAUCUUAAAGAAAAACAUGCUGCAGAACUUGUUUCGUUAGGCUAUAGUGCUAGUAAUGGGAAUGAGAAAAGUAAACUUGACACUUUAGUGAAGGCCAUAGCUGGUGUUUCUGUCACCAGUCAACCUGAGCAGGCAAAGCCCAGCAAGAGUUCGAAGAGGCGAGAGAAGAGGGCUCAGCAAGAUGCAGCCAGGGAGCAAAGAAUUCAAGAAGAGCAGAGCAACUUAGUAAGUGAUCGAAUGAUUGAGGGUGAAAAACUAGAGAAAAAGCUCGAACCCUUUGGCUUGACCAUUAAUGAAAUAAAGCCUGAUGGCCAUUGCCUCUACCGAGCUAUCCAGGAUCAGCUGACCCACCUUUCCGGAGGUUCAUCACCUUACACGUACCAACAGCUUCGAGAAAUGGUAGCUGCUUAUAUGAGGAAGCAUGCAUCUGAUUUUCUCCCUUUUUUCUUGUCGGAGAAUCCAGCAGAUGGAGAUUCUGACGAGUCACUUGCAGAGAGGUUUGAGAACUACUGUAAAGAAGUGGAGUCAACUGCAGCAUGGGGAGGACAGCUAGAGCUCGGUGCUUUAACUCACUGCCUUAAAAAGCCUAUCAAGAUAUACUCAGGAUCCUUCCCUGAUGUGGAGAUGGGGAAGGAGUACAAAUCCGAUAGCGGUACAGGUUCUUCCGAUUCGAGUAUUAUGUUGUCAUACCAUAAGCAUGCAUUUGGGCUUGGUGAGCACUAUAAUUCCGUGGUUCGAAUAUGAUCAAAUUGCCGAGAACCCGGACACACACCCUUGGCUUGCUGAUCUGGUUUGUAAUUUGUGGUGUGGAAAAGCACGUUUUGCUCCUUCUUGUCCAGUUAGUUUUGUUUGUGAGAUCGAUUGGGAUGUCUUGAUCUAGAUUUAUUAUUGAAUAGUUUUGUUUGUGCGCUA